GAGGAAAAAAAAAAAAGAGAGAAAGAGAGCCUAAUACGGAAGUGGUGGCGGCGCCUGGGGAGCAGGUGGAGGCGGUGACGGAGACGUCCCAGACGGAAACCCAGCGCCAAGGGGUGGGGGCAUGCGGAAAGACAUCGGCUUUCUCGGGUUCACGUGAGGUGCCGGACUGCCGGGGGCCUCCCUUCUCCUCGGCGAAGCACAAGGAAGUGAUGGCGGUGGUGAUGGCGGCAGUUACUCGGACGGCCCCAGUGAAAUUGAGCUCCGGGAGAUAUAUCCAGAAAGUGCCCAGAAGAAACUUCCUGCCAGAAAAACUGAAAAAGCAGUAUUUGUAACACUGGAGUUUGUGGAUAAGUUGUUAAAAUGGCAGAAAACAUUGAAAAUAAUUGUAAAGAUGUAGAUGUAAGACCUAAAACUACUCGGAGUAGAAGUGCUGACAGAAAGGACGGUUAUGUGUGGAGUGGAAAGAAGUUGUCUUGGUCAAAAAAGAGUGAAAGUUGUUCAGAUGGUGAAACGGUGAAUACUAUAGAGAAAACAGAAGUUCCCUUAAGGAGCCAAGAACGAAAGCACAGCUGUUCAUCCAUUGAGUUGGAUUUAGAUCACUCCUGUGGGCAUCGAUUUUUGGGCCGUUCUCUUAAACAGAAACUUCAAGAUGCUGUGGGGCAAUGUUUUCCAAUAAAGAACUGUAGUAAUCGGCACUCUUCAGGGCUUCCAUCUAAAAGAAAAAUUCAUAUCAGUGAACUCAUGUUAGAUAAGUGUCCUUUCCCACCUCGAUCCGAUUUAGCCUUUAGGUGGCACUUUAUUAAACGACACACUGCUCCUCUAAAUCCCAAAUCAGAUGAUUGGGUAAGCACAGACUUAUCUCAGAGUGAACUAAGAGAUGUUCAACUAAAACAAAGAAGAAACAUGGAGGAAGAGGUAAACUGUUUCUCACAUACCAAUGUUCAGCCUAGUGUCAUAACCACAAACAGUGCUUCAUGUGGAGGUGGUCCUAUGACUGGUUCUGUGAUGAACCUAGUUUCAAAUAACAGUAUAGAAGAUAGUGAUAUGGAUUCCGAUGAUGAAAUUAUAACACUUUGCACAAGCUCCAGGAAAAGAAACAAACCCAAAUGGGAACUAGAUGAAGAAAUCCUGCAGUUGGAAACACCUCCUAAGUACCACACUCAAAUUGAUUAUGUUCACUAUCUUGUACCAGACCUCCUUCAGAUCAAUAACAAUCCAUGUUAUUGGGGAGUUAUGGAUAAAUACGCAGCUGAAGCUCUACUAGAAGGAAAACCAGAAGGUACUUUUUUACUUCGAGACUCAGCACAGGAAGACUAUUUAUUCUCUGUUAGUUUUAGACGCUAUAGUCGUUCUCUUCAUGCUAGAAUUGAACAGUGGAAUCACAACUUUAGCUUUGAUGCACAUGAUCCUUGUGUCUUCCAUUCUCCUGAUAUUACUGGGCUCCUAGAACAUUAUAAGGACCCAAGUGCCUGUAUGUUCUUUGAACCACUUUUAUCUACUCCUUUAAUUCGGACUUUCCCCUUUUCCCUGCAGCACAUAUGCAGAACAGUUAUUUGUAACUGUACAACUUAUGAUGGCAUUGAUGCCCUUCCAAUUCCUUCCUCUAUGAAAUUAUAUCUGAAGGAAUAUCACUAUAAAUCAAAAGUUAGAGUUCUCAGGAUUGAUGCACCAAAACAAUGCUAAGAAAGGGGUAGAAACAUUGGAAUUAUACACAUAUUUUUAUUUAACGGUUUAUUUUUCUUAUGCUUUGAAUUUUUCUACAAGGGCAGUCAGUACAAAAUAAACUUCUGCCCUAAGUUUUACUUCCAAAUCAUUUUAUUUUUUUUCUGACACACUAAUUGUUUAAAGUUAUAUACACUAAAGAUUAAUGGACGUUUUUGACCAGACUUGUUUUUUGUUUUUACCAUAUAGAUUAUAUACCUAAUUUUUUUCUUUUCUUGAUUAUAGUUUGCAAUGCUCCAGGGAUAUUCAAAAUUUGGUAGACAUUGCAAACACAGUUGAAUAAUACAUAUUUUGUACUUUUUUAAAAAUAGUCCUGUAAUCCUUCCCAAAAUGCUGUGUUAACCUAUGCCAUUAGUAUUUCUAUCUAUAUAGUUUCCCCAUCCCCAUUGUCAGAAUUGUUUUAAAUUCUUCAGUAAAAGUUAAGUGUGUUGUAAUUCAUAAUACAUAUUAAUGUAAUGGACUUACGUAUUUAAUAGGGUUGUUAAAGUAACAAAAUGGCUUAAAAUAAAAGUUGAUGUGCUUUCAUUUUACAUAUUAACCAUAAAGUAGGGUUUCUAAGUCUGAUUAUUCUGGUCAGUAAAAAAUGAAGAGAGGAUCUGACUGAGUGGUAGAAUGAAUGCCUUAUGUAUGUAAGGCUCUUAGAUGGAUCUCAGGCACCUCAAAAAAGGAAAAAAAUUGAAUGAAAGUAUGACAUUUUGACAGUGAAUUUAUUCUUUACUGUAGUGAGCUCAUUUGUUUUAUUCCUUGAAUAGCUCUUUCUCUCCACCUGGAAGAAUUAGAAUUAGUAUCUUCGGAAUGUAAAUAUUGUUCCUUUAUUACCUGACACUCUAAAAAUGAUAAAACUAUUAGUAACUAGUACUUACUAAAAAAAGUUACUAAAGCAACUGUGAGGUUUUUCUGUAUUUACUAAUAAUGUGCUGUUGCUUCUUCUUAGACCUUUUAUAGACACUAAGCUUGUUCUUUGGAGGAGAUGCCACAAUUUAUUUUUAAAAAUAGCCACAAGUUUCCAUCAGUAAGCAACGAAUUUUUUAAUUCCUUUUAAUUACUCUGGAAUAAAGCUUCAAGAGGUAGAGACCCUCCAUAUUCAGGCAGUUUACUACUGUUUUUAACAUUUGAGUUUCAAAUAAUUAUCUUUAUUUUCAUAAUUAAUGUUUUUAUGAUAGCUUCCAAAAAAGAAAAACAUUUUGAAAGCUGUGUAAGGUUUAUUCCAUACCAGUACAGGGCAUCAGGGGUAAUAAUUUACAUUUACUCUCCCGUGGACAGGGAAGCAUUUUUAGAAACAUCAUUAGCCCAAUAUAAUAAAGAUUAAUGGAGUGAUAUUCUAUCCAGCUCCUCUUUUUUUUAAAGAAUCAAUAAAUUCCCCAGAUAGUUGUUUCUUCUGGUGAGCUAUCUACCCCUUUUUACAAACUUACAUUUUUAAUAUGAUAACCACAGAUUUCUUGAUGGUCGUUUUGCUCUAGUAAAAAGCUGCUUUUAUCUGAAUUGAAAGAAAUUUGACUCAGAUUUCCAAGCUUAAACAGAUGUUUCUUAAGUAUCAUUUCUUUAAAUUGAAGUAUCAUUCCCCUUUCCUGAAAGUGCACAGUUAAUAAAGAUGGCAUUUUCAAUAACAAUUUUAAAAUAGCAAUUCAGAAUCAAAGGAAAUAUGUUACCAAUAUAGUUCAGCUUUUUUUUUUUCUCAGUGGUCUCAAGUCUGUUUUGGUUCCAGUUAGGGGUUGCUGUUAAAAUGGCACCUCUCAUCAGUGAUGAGGCUCAGAAUAUCUUUACACCACCAUCAGAAUAAAUAAUCUCUUAUAAAGUUGAGAUUUUCCUUUUUCAAGUGUAGAAAAGUCUCAUACUACCUCAACUUAUUGUGGCACUUUUGUAGAUCACUGAGAAGCUUAACUGAGUUACCAAUAUGAUACUUCCUAAAUAACCAUCUUUGGUGAAAGAAAAUUAAUUGUAUGGUAAGACUCUACCCGUAAUUAGAGCUUUUUAUCAGAACUUGAUAACAAGACUUUCUGUUUCUGUGAAACAAUUAUUUUAACUAUUUUUCUUUUAAAAAUAACUUUUUAUCAGUACAGAAAAACCUAAAGGAUGAUUAGCUAAGAAUACUCUGUUAAAAAGUAAUUUUAUAAAGGAAGAUAAAGUAAAAUUAUGUUGCCUUUUAUAAUGAUAAAAAUUAGUGUUUGUAUAAAAAUAUCUAAGUCAUUUUUCAUAUAUUCAGAUUGGUUGCUUGUGAUAUAUUUUCUCUGGCUUAGUUUUUCAACUUCAAGGUAUUAAUAGCUGUUAACAUUUUCAAAAUACUGCCAUACAUAGCCUUGAAGUAGAUGAUCCAAAUGAUCUGGGAAGAAAUUCAUUUACUUUGAAAUGAUUUGUUUUUGUUUUGCUUGAUAUUUGAUACAAUGAAAAGAUACCUGGAAAGUAGAAACAAAGAUUUGAGAAGGUAGAUUAAUGAUUUUUUACAGCAUUAUGGGAUUGGAAUUUUAACCCUUUGGUAACUAAGGGCACAUUUGGGAAACUACUCAGUAAUCAGAAACUUAACUCGUUUUAAAAAAUACAUUUAUUGGAAUAUGUAAGUAAAAUGAGUAAAUUCUGAGGAGCAAUGUGGAAAAGAUAAAUCCAAUACAGGAAUAAAAAUUUUACAACUCUUAAGUUUGAUAUUGUGAAGAUUUGAAAAGUAUAAAUUCCAGAGUUGAUCAGGCAUUCAGCAUGGUGGAACUGUGAAGAGUUUAUUGAUAAGAAAGGAUGGGGCUAAAAGAAACAGGAUAAAAUAUUAAAAUUAAGAAUGAGGCAUUACCUCAGGGAAAUGCCUUGACAGUGAAAGAGAACUACUUAAUCGCUAAUAGCUAGUCUGGACCAGACACUUAACUGUGCUUUGGGAAUCGUCCUGCACUAAUCAGGAAAUAAACUUGACUUUUCUAUUUCUUUGAAGCUUUUCAGGACAUACCUCCUCCCCAACCCAGUUUAGUUUGGGGG